AUGGAUAAUAAUCAACCUUCAUUAAUUAUACCCAAAAUUGUUGAAAAUAAUAAAAUAGACCUUCCAAUCAACUCUGACCUUGCAAACUCUCACGAUAGAGACCAAAAUUCAGAAGAAAUAGAAUAUGAAGAUGGUUAUCACUAUAAGGAGCCACAUUGGAUAAGAAAAUUCAUAUAUGAUGCUAUCUUGUGGGUAUUGACAUCCAUCUUUGAUUGCUUUUUCAGAGAAAUUAAAUCUCGUGGUAGUUUCAAGAUACCGACACAAAGCCCAGUUAUAUUUGUGGCCGCCCCACAUGCUAAUCAAUUCGUAGAUCCAAUCACUUUAAUGAGACAGAUUAAGAUAUCUGUCAAUAGAAGGGUUUCGUUCUUAAUUGCUCAAAAAUCUUUAGGUCUUUUAACUAUUGGGGUUUUAGCUCGUUGUAUCAUGUCAAUUGGUGUUGUUAGAGCUCAAGAUAAUUUGAAACCAGCAAGAGGUAAAAUCACCAUAGAUCCAAAUAACCCCUGUAGGAUUAUUGGCCAUGGCACGAAAUUUUUAACUGAAUUUGAACCAAAGGGUUUAAUUGGUUUACCAAAAUCCUUGGGUAAUGUAAAUAUCCAAUCCAUUGAAAGCGAAACUUCUUUGAUUUUACGUAAGGAAUUUAAAGAUAAACCAGAAAUCAACGAAUUAUUGAGAAAAGGUACUAGUUAUAAAUAUGCUCCAAAAUUUGAUCAAUCUCGCAUGUAUCAUAAAGUUUUCGAACAUUUAGCUCAUAAUGGCUGCUUAGGUAUUUUCCCAGAAGGUGGUUCUCAUGAUAGAACCGAUCUCCUACCAUUAAAAGCAGGUGUCGCUAUAAUGGCACUAGGCUGUUUAGAUAAACAUCCAAAUUGCAACGUUAAAAUUGUUCCUUGUGGUAUGAAUUAUUUCCAUGCUCAUAGAUUUAGGUCAAGAGCUGUAGUAGAGUUUGGUGAUCCAAUUGAAAUUUCCCCUGAAUUAGUAGAAAAAUAUCGUAAUCCAGAGACUAACAAAUUAGCUGUUAAAGAAUUAUUAGAUACGAUAUCCGAAGGAUUGAGAGCAGUCACUGUAACAUGCCCUGAUUAUGAUACUCUAAUGGUUGUCCAGGCAACAAGAAGACUAUAUUCCGCUCAAUUGCCUUCUAAAUUACCGUUGCCAAUGGUUGUAGAGAUGAAUAGAAGAAUAGUUAAAGGUUAUGAAAGUCGUAAAACUGAUCCGGAAAUUAUCCAAUUAAAAAAAGAUAUUUUAAAUUAUAAUUCCAAUUUACAUCGUUAUAACGUACCCGAUCAUUUAGUAGAUGUUGCAGAAAUAAAUUUUUUACAAAAUUCCAUUCUAUUAUUUUUUAAGUCUUUCAGAUUAAUCUUAGCAUUAUUGUUAUCCUUACCAGGUAUUUUAAUGUUUUUACCCGUUUUUAUUGCAUCUAAAAUAAUCUCUAAGCGCAAAGCAAAAACAGCUUUAGCUGGUUCCACUGUCAAGAUAAAGGCAAAUGAUGUCGUAGCUACUUGGAAAAUUUUGAUUGGUAUGGGAUUCACUCCAAUUUUAUAUAUUAUUUGGUCUUCAUUAUUAACCUAUUAUUUGAGUACCUGGUAUCAUAAUAAAUUUUGGGUUUUUGUUUUAUCAUAUUUAUUCUGUGGGUUUGUAACUUAUUCUGCUUUAAUAAUUGGUGAUAUUGGUAUGGACAUCUUUAAAUCUUUAAGACCUUUAAUAUUUUCCAUUACUACUCCAAAAGGCUUGAAGGCUUUAAAAAAACAACGUAAAGAUUUAGCUGAACGUAUCACAAUAAUGGUAAACUCAUUUGAAGAUGAUAUGAUAGGUGAUAGCCAAGCUUUUACUUGUGAUGAAGAAUCUGAAGAAAGAAAAACCACCGAGUUGAAGAGAAGAAGAUUAUUGAAAAAGAGAAAGCUAAAGAAACUACAAAAAAAAGCAAACUCUCUAGAACCAAUUCAAUCUUCAGAAUCUGAUGCCAUAUCUCUGGUCAAUAGUGAUAAUUCACUAUCAAAUAUACCUUUAUUCUCAACAGGAAAUAAUCUUGAUCUAACAUCAACAACUUCUGCAGUAUCAACCUCUCUAUCUGAAUUUGAAAUAGAGGAUAAGAUUCAAGGGAAUACAUUUAUAACGGUCGAUAAUAUUAAUAAUUAUUCCAGUACUUCGCAUACUACAAACGGUAGCAAUUUAGGUUUAGCAGAAAAGAUUGCGCAAGCAGUUUGGGAAAAAAGAGACCAUGAUGAUGAUGAUGAUGAUGAUGAUGAUAGUAAUGAUGAUAGUAAUGAUGAUGACGACGACGACGAUAAUACUGAUGAUGAUAAUGAUAGCUAUGAUAAUUCUACUGAUGAAGAAGAAAAGCAUUGA